AUGACGUUACAACAGUGGUGUAAUUUAUUUUGGCAUUACGGCGGUGUUAUAUUACACCACCGUGAUUUUCAGCAUCAUUCGAACCUAAUUCACCACCACCAUGUAUAUCUCGGCUAUGCCUUCCGAAUCUCAAUUCCCCAUGAAACUGCCACGAAAAAAUUGGAUACCAAGGUAGAGGAAGUAUCACCUAUUCCUUCCAGAAAUCAGGCUCAGAUUAAACUUAAGCGUAUUCCCAUAAGUGAACAGGUCAGCUCUUACAAUCGCCAAAACAGUCGAGAAACAGUAUCUUUUUUAAGCGACAGUAAAGAAAACCAUGAAUUUUAUCAAGUAGCCAGCGGGAAUCUUUGUCUUGUAUGGGGUAAGGAGCAUAAAGGGCCAAUAUGA